GUUUAGUUUCCCGGCUUGCAGCUUUGCUCGUCAGUACUGCGCGAACCGCGGAGGGAUUUAAAACAAGCACUGCGAGUGGAGCAUAGCGGAGCGCAUCUCUUGUACAGCGGAGCAGAGAGCACCAUGUUCCUCGGGAAGCUGCGGGCGUGCGUUGCCCUGUGCGUGUGGAUUACGGUGCUGGCGAGCACGCGGAGCGGCGGCGUGGGCGCGAGGAGGCAAGACGACUCGUUCACGGCAACGGCGGCGUCCAGCGUGUACCGAGCCCGGUGCGCCUCGCGAUGCCUCAGCCUGCACAUCACGCGCAUCUCCGCUUUCUUCAAGCACUCGCAGAACAACGGAUCCUUGGUGUGGUGCCAGAAUCACAAGCAGUGCUCCAAGUGCCUGGAGCCCUGCAAGGAAUCCUGGGACCUGAAGGAAAACCAAUGCCAGGAUCUAUGCGAGCCCCUUUUUCCCAAAAAGCACUACGAGUGCCUCACCAGCUGCGAGUUCCUCAAGUCCAUCGAGGGUGUGAAGCAGGGCGACUGUCCCGCCCCGGAGAAGGCCAGCGGCUUUGCGGCGGCUUGUGUGGAAAGCUGCGAGGAGGACGGCGAGUGCUCGGCCGUCAAAAAAUGCUGCUCCAAUGGUUGUGGCCACACCUGUCAGGUCCCCAAGAACCUGUACAAAGGAGUCCCUCUGAAGCCGAGGAAGGAGCUGGUGUUUGCAGAGCUGCCCUCGGGUCAGCUGGAGAUCCGCUGGUCCUCCAAGUUCAACAUUUCGGUGGAACCCGUUCUUUACGUGGUGCAACGGCGCUGGAAUUUUGGUAUUCACCCCAGCGAGGAUGAUGCUACUGAGUGGGAGACCGUUGCACAGACCGCCGAGGAGCGGGUCCAACUGGCCGACAUCAGAGCCAGCAGAUGGUACCAGUUCAGAGUCGCUGCUGUCAAUGUGCACGGGACCCGCGGCUUCACUGCGCCAAGUAAACACUUCCGCUCCGCUAGAGACCCGUCCGCCCCGCCACGCCCGAGCAGCCUGCGUGUCACCAACGUGACGCAGGGUGAUGAAGGCCUGGUGACAGUUCGUCUCAACUGGAGCUUGCCAGAGGAGCCCGACAUUCCCAUACAUCACUACAAAGUGUUCUGGAGCUGGACCGUGCCCACCAAGUCGACGGUUCCGUCCAAGAAGAGGAGGAGAAAGACCACCAACGGGACUCAGAGCUGGGUGGACCUGGAGGCCCUGCAAGUCAACAGCAGUUACACUAUGGAGCUGCAGGCCGUGACGUAUUGGGGACAGGUGCGACUGAAGAGUCCCAAGGCCUUGCUGCAAUUCAGCACCACCCAGAAUUCGGAAUCAGUAAAAUCAGGGCACAAGUCAAAGAAAGAAGAGAUACCCCCCGCCGGACCAACCUUGGCCAAGGCAAAGCGACCUUCUGGCCCGCUGGAGGUGGGCACGCCCUUCUACCAGGAUGGCCAGCUGCAAGUCCGUGUCUACUGGAAGAACCGCGGAGAGCCUGGAAUGAACCGCUACCACGUCCAGUGGAUGCCUGAGUACUGCCACCACAAUGAGACGCGGGGACCAGAAAAAUCCUCCACGCAGGAGAACUACAUCAACCUCCCGGGCCUCUUGUUCUCCUGCAAGUACAAGGUCACGGUUCACAUGCUCAAGUCCAAGAGACGCUCCAAGGAGGAGAGCAUCACCUUCCUCACGCCGUCUUGCGCUACCAUCCGGAGCAAGACUCACAAACACAUCCCCUGCCCGGGAGAGGGAGCUGCAACACUUCCGAAAGUUUUGGCCAAGCCCGAAAACCUGACAGCAACAUUUUCCAUCAACGGAGGAAAUAUCUCCGGCAGCUUCCUGUGGCGUGUGUCUCGGGUGGCGGCCCACCAACGCAUUACGGGCUUUCAAGUCACCUGGGCUGAAAUCACCACUGAGAGUCGACAGAAUAGCUUGCCCAAUAGCAUCAUUUCCCAGUCCCAAAUCUUGCCUCCGGAUCACAAUCUGCUGGUCGUGUCCAACCUGCGGCCGUCCACCUACUACAGACUGGAGGUGCAAGUAAUAACGAGCGGAGGGGAAGGCCCCGCCACUGUCAAGACCUUCCAGACGCCCAACGUAUUAGCAGUCAAUCAACACCGGCCCAGACUCCGGCAACACCAUUCCCAUCACCAGAAACCAUCGGUCGAAAAACACUGAGUCGCAAAGUGAGGCGAAUCCAGUCGUUCUUUCCUUCCCAUUUGUCAGAGACUAUCCGGAAAGAAAGUGUGGAAACGUGAACUGUCCCAAAAACCGACGCCCCCGCCACACUCCCUUUUCCAUUUAUGAAACAACAGUCCUCUUCUUUGAAAGCAUCGCAAGACAUCCUUUUCGGAACCCCUCUGACUCACCACGUCAGACCGGUCGGUGUACAGUUUUGACAAUUUUACUACAAAGUCUACUGUUGUGUAUUUGUUAGUACGCAGCUAAUAUGGAAGUCAUCAACAACAGCCGCUUGUGUACAGUUUGAGGCGAACACAGAAAAAACAAUAUGUACGUCGUCGAUUUGUGAAGAAAAGCACGAGAUCUAUUUAUUUUGACCGAUGUUUGGUGUCACGGUUGUCUAAUCCAGAAUAUGUCACAUAGUUCCAUUGCAUGUAGUCCAUUCGACUUUUAAAAAUGCGCUUCAAUCGGAGAGCUUUUGCAUGGCGACCGUUUGCAUUCUGUUGGCAUGAAAAAGAAAAAUUUAAAUGGUCCUUUUUCGAUAUGUUAGCGAUAUUCCUUUAACGGAUUAACAAAGAACUAUACUGGGAAUACUAUGUAAUGUUUAUUAAUGAAAUUAUAACGUGUGGAAAUGAUGCAUUGUACAUCUUGGCUGUAGAAAUGUUUGUCGUGGAACAGUCAGUGAAUGUUUAUAUUUAUUUAUGUGUGUAUUCCAGUUUGAUUUGGAUGUGUGUGGAUGUGGAUGUUGUGUGUGUUUUAGUAUCACUUUUGAAUGUUUUUUUUUUUUUUCGGGAAGCAACACAAAUCUUGUAAAGACACUUUGUAAAAAUGGAAUUGUAAAUACAGUCUUAUGUUACAUGUUAUUUUUCCAUGGUAGAAACUACAAACUGCGAAGUAAUAAAAUAAUCCUUAACCAGA